GGGGAAUUCUGCUGGAUGGUACAAAAGGAUGAAGACACACGUAAAGAUUAUGACUACAUGUUGGAUCAUCCUGAAGAGUAUUACAGCCAUUAUUAUCACUACUACCGCAGGAGGUUGGCACCUAAAGUUGAUGUCAGGAUAGUGAUUCUAGUGACUGUAUGUGCUAUCUCUGUGUUUCAGUUCUUCAGCUGGUGGAGUAGCUACAAUGAGGUCAUCAACUACCUUGUCACCGUGCCAAAAUAUCGUCUACAAGCACUUGAGAUUGCUAAGCGACAAGGCCUACUGAACAAAGCUAAAGAAAAAGGCAAAAACAGACGGUCUAAGGAAGAAAUCCGCGAGGAAGAGGAAGAAAUCAUCAAGGACAUUAUCAAAAAUAAAGUAGAUAUAAAAGGCGGUUAUCAGAAGCCUAAAAUAUAUGAUAUCCUCCUGUUCCAAAUCCUGUUAGCUCCUGUUUACUUGUGCAAAUAUAUAGCUUGGUAUUGUUGGUGGAUUUAUUGCUUUCAUAUUAAAGGGCAAGAAUAUGGUGAAGAAGAGAAGCUAUAUAUCAUACGCAGAAACAUGAAAAUGUCACAGUCUCAAUUUGACAGUCUGGAAGAUAAUCAGAAAGAGACUUUUCUAGAAAGGCAGCUAUGGAUAAAAGAGAAGUAUGAGGUCUACAAGCAAGAACAAGAGGAAGAGCUAAAGAAGAAGAUGGCCAUGGACCCACGAUGGAAGAGAUACAGGCGGUGGAUGAAGAAUGAAGGACCUGGAAGAUUAACGUUUAUUGAUGACUGAAGUCUGCUAAACAGUACCUAUAAACUUGAUUUGCAAGAAAAUUUCGUAACUAUGAGGGAACACUGCAGAUAUAAUUCCUAAAGAUCCAACCUACAGCAACCAGGAUGACUGUCAGGGUGGGAAGUGCAGAUCCAGAGAGCAGGGUAGAUGUGCAGCCUCACAACAGAAGUUUACAGGAGAUAGACCAUAGGCAGGAAAAGUGAAACGUCUGCCUCUCUUACUCAGGAAGCUCAGAGAGUGGGGAGAUAGUAGGAAGAAGCAGCAAACCCUAAAGACCCAUGGUGCCUCAUCUGAUAAAUGGGUGUGACUGGAGACAAACAGCAGGAGAGCUGCAGGUGGUUUAUAGUCAGGGUCAAGAUUGCAAUUAAACACCCGUAUACUACAGCCAGGACUUACAGGAGUGAGGGAGAGGAGAGGCUGAUUUGAUUAGAGACUGGUAGCAGGGAAGGGGGUUCUGGGCAUAAAAGGAAAAUACCAACUUUUACUGAAGUCAAUGUAACCUAGAUCUGGCCUUGAAAUUCAAGAAAGAGCUUGUAUUUAAAUUACAGCGUGGGAAUCAGAUUUUUCCCCCUUUGGUCGUAAGCGCACUUGAUAACUCAGUUGCAACUGGUACAUUUAUCAACAGCAUCUGCCUUGAAAAGAAACACUCUCCCAUGGAAUUUUUUGACUGACUAAAAAUGUAAAAAUAUAUUUCUUGUAGGUCAAGAUGAUACAUUACAAGAUUUUUCAAUGCUUUUUAAUCAUUGGUCUGAGCCAAUGCUUACUGAGGUCAGUGGGAGACUUUCCAUUAAUGACUUUGAGCUUUGGAUCAGUUUAAAUGUGUAAGUCUGGUAGAAAGCAAAACCCCCCCCCCAAAAAAAAAAACACCAACCACCAAAAAACAAAAAAUCCUGAGCUGCAAAAAGUAUGGCUAAGUCUGCAUACAAAUAUGGACUUGACGCACAUGCAGUACUGUUUUAAGAAAACAGCUUUAUGAUAUUACGUUGACCAAACAUUGUACCAAAAAGGUCCAGCUAUUAAACCCUUUUCUCUGAACUUCCACAUAUAAAAUUAUUUCAGUAAUUAUUCAAAUAAUAAAUAGCUGCAAUACGUACACAAUUUACAAUAAGGACAAUGCUAAUAGUUCCCUAUACCUCCCCUAGAUCAAAGGUUUUCAAACUUUUUCGUGGAAGGG